CGAGAAUCGUAUUUUUGGCUCUGUGGCUGGGCCAGGUCGCGGCGCGCCCGCGCGGGCGUGGAAGGGCCAGGGCCAUGCUCAAGAAGCGCAUCGGCUUCGUCGGUGGUGGCAUGAUGGCCGAGGCCAUGCUCGGGGGCCUGCUGAAGGCUGACCUGCCAGCCGACAACGUUCUGGUCAGCGAGCCUGACGCCAAACGCCGCAAGUACAUGGCGGACACGUACAAGGUGAGCGUGAGAGACUUCAACCACGAGGUGUGUGCCGCCUCGGACGUGGUGGUCAUGGCUGUCAAGCCCCAGGUGCUGGACACGGUGCUGGCGGACCUGCGUGACCGUGCGGCGCAGGACCCCAAGGUGGCCGACUGCCUCAUCAUCUCCAUCGUUGCAGGCAAGACACUGGCAAACUACGCGAAGUACCUCGGCAUCACCCGUGUGGCGCGCGUCAUGCCCAACACGCCGUCCCUGGUCGGCUGUGGAGCGUCGUGCUACGUGCUAAAUGACAAGUGCCCUCCAGAGGACGCGGCCACGGUGGAGGCCGUGAUGGGCUCUUGCGGCAUCGUGGAGCGAGUCAGCAACGAGGGGCUCUUGGACGCGGUCACCGGUCUUUCUGGCUCAGGGCCCGCCUACGCGUACCUGCUGAUCGAGGCGAUGUCCGACGGCGGGGUGCGCAUGGGCCUGCCGCGCGCGACGGCGACGCGGCUCGCGGCGCAGACGGUCAUGGGCGCUGGGAAGAUGGUCAUGGAGACCGGGAAGCACCCUGGAGAGCUGAAGGACGCCGUGACCUCCCCCGGGGGCACCACGAUCGCCGGCGUCCACGCCCUGGAGGCGGGCUGCUUCCGGGGGACCGCCAUCAACGCCGUGGAGGCGGCCGCGAAGCGGUCGCAGGACGGCCCCCCGCUUUCCCCCGUGCGGAGCCAGCUGCGCCCCUGGGGGUCGCUGAUCGUCGGAGGUCCCACGUUUUCCGCUUUUUAG